GUACGAGUCAAUUGCGCGCUGCGGGAAAUGAUAAUUGAUAAGACUUCGGAGUCAACAUGCCUUGCUGCCAAGUCGUAAAUAAACUCCAGUGCAACAUGGAAUGCAACAACACCAACUGCUUCUGUAUCCAAGAGGGCGGAGAAUCCUGCAUCUGCCUUCAAGAGAAGAUCGAAUGUCAGUGCAAGACCUGCCAAUGUGACAAUUGUACCUGCUUUACCACCGGGGAAUGCACUUGUAUUUGUGUACGUCGCGAUGAAACAGGAAAGAUCGUGAAAUGUGACGGUUGCAAGGGAAAUUGCGAGAAGAUUAACAAGGAAUGCAAGUGCAAAUGUGAUAAUUCCAAGUGCACUUGCAUUGCUACUGGAGGUGCCAAUUGCAUUUGCGUAUGCCUUGACGAAAGUGGAAAAAUAAAGAAAUGUGAUGACUGCAAGUGUACUUGCAACAACACUUGCGAUGCCACUGGCGAGGCUAGUAAGACUUGUAGUCGCGAUGAAAGUGGAAAGAUAAAGUGCAGUGACUGCAACUGCGCUGCAGGCAACUGCAAUCCUCAACCAUGCCAAGCUUGUCAGAAGAAAAGUGACGAUAAAGGGUGCGUCUGUGUUCCUAAUGAGGAAAAACCUUGCCUUUGUGUCUCUAAAGAAGUUAAAGGGAACCUCGUGAAAUGUGACAAUUGCAAGUGUGAUGAUAACAAGUGCAUUUGCAUUGUUACUGAAAGAGCUACUUGCAUUUGUGUAUGCCGUGAUGAAAAUGGAAAAAUCAAGAGAUGUGAUGACUGCAACUGCGCUACUGAGACUUGUUGCAAACCUGGGAAGACUUGCGACAAGAAGUGUGACAAAGACGGCUGUAUCUGCAUCUCAACUGAAGGAAAAUCCUGCAUUUGUAUUAGUCAGGACAGCAAAGGGAAUAUUGCGAAAUGCAAUGACUGCAAGUGCAACUCUUGCAACUGCAAAUGCGAUGAUUCUAAAUGCACUUGCAUUGUUACUAAUGGAGCUACUUGCAUUUGUGUAUGCCGUGACGAAAAUGGAAAAAUGAAGAGAUGUGAAGACUGCAACUGCGUUAGCGACGAUUGUUGCAAAGCAGGAACUUGCGAAAAUAAAUGUGAUAAAGAUGGCUGUAUCUGCAUCUCAACCGAGGGGAAACCCUGCGUUUGCAUCCGAAAAUAUAAAGGACAACUUGUGAAAUGCUAUGACUGCAAGUGUAAUUCUUGCAACUGCAAAUGCGAUGAUUCUAAAUGCACUUGCAUUGCUACUGGAGGUGCUGCUUGCAUCUGCGUCUGCCGUGAUGAAAACGGAAAAAUUAAAAAAUGCGAUUAUUGUAACUGCGUUAGCGACGCUUGCUGCAAAGCUGGGAAGAUUUGCGAGGGAAAAUGUGGCAAAGACGGAUGUAUUUUCAUCUCAACUGAGGGAAAAUCCUGCGUUUGCAUCCGUCAUGUCAAGGGGCAACUUGUAAAAUGCGAUGAUUGCAAGUGUGGCUCCUGUAAAUGCGAAUGUGAUGGUUGCAAGUGCACUUGUAUUGCGACCGAAGGGGCCACUUGCGUCUGUGUAUGCCGUGAUGAAGCAGGGAACAUUAAAAGGAGCGACGGUUGUCGUUGCGACAAUGUCAAGUCAGUCACUUUGAUAAAUUAAAUAAUGGUGCCUAUUAUUAUUGCCUAUACCUAUACUAUGCCUAUUCACUUGAAUAUAUUAGUGUCGAUGAUAUAUUCUUAUUAUAUAAUAUUCAACAUGCUAUGUUCUAGUCUAGUUAAUAGAAAACUUAUGUUAUAGGUAAGCCUGAUUUUUCGAUCGUCAAUUGUUAUUUUAUCUUCUUUUGUUAAC